UUAUUUUGGUCUGGCGAUGUGACGUCAUAAGUCUGCGCUCCCGCGUCUGUGAUUCGGCUGUACAAAGGAAUGGACCUAAUGCUGCAGCAUCCACCUUAAUCCAGCCCUGCUUCCUUACCAGUGUGCUGACUAAGACAAAGUGUCCAAACACUGAAAAACUUCUGAAGCAGCUGAGAUCCACGUGACACACGAUUAUAAAGAUGGAGUUUAUUAAAGAGGAGAGUGAAGAAUCGUUCAGAGUCAAACAUGAAGAUACUGAGACAGAAAUACAGAUGGAGUUUAUUAAAGAGGAGAGUGAAGACCUGAAGAUUGAAGAAACAUUCAGAGUCAAACAAGAAGAUACUGAGGAUCAAACAGACUUAACAGUGCUGAAAGAGGAGAGGGAAGGACUGAACGAAACUGAAGAGAAAGAUCAGUUUGAAAAUCUUCAUGAUUUCAUAACUGAUGAAAAAUAUUUUUCUUCCUUACAGUCUGAAAAGACUUACAAGCGAAAAAAAGAUAAAAAGACAAAAAAUAAGAGUUAUUUCCCUUGCCUUCAGUGUGGAAAGAGUUUCACUCGAAAAGGAAACCUUAUCAAGCACAUGAGAGUUCAUACUGGAGAGAAGUCUUUCAUCUGCCAACAGUGUGGAAAGAGUUUCAGCCAACAAGGAAACCUUAAAAGCCACAUGAGAAUUCACACUGGAGAGAAACCUUUCAUCUGCAAACAGUGUGGAAAGAGUUUCACUCUAAAAGGAAACCUUAACAAGCACAUGACGGUUCACAUUGGAGAGAAUACUUUCACAUGUUGUCAGUGUGGAAGACGUUUCAGUAAUCCUGGAGACCUUAGAGUCCACUUGAGAGUUCACCUUGGAGAGAACCCUUUCAUCUGUGAACCGUGUGGAAGAAGUUUCAGCACAAAUGUAAAACUCGCAUACCACAUGAAAGUUCACAAUGGAAACAAACCUUUCACCUGCAAUAUCUGUUUGAAAAGUUUCAGGCAAAAACAAAACCUUGAUGCCCACAAGCGAAUUCAUACUUUGGAGAGACCUUUUACCUGUCAACAGUGUGGAAAGAGUUUCACUCGGAAAAAUGGGCUUAAAAUGCACAUGAAUCUUCACACUGGAGAGAAGCCUUACACAUGCCCUCUGUGUGGAAAGAGUUUCACUAAUAAAGGAAACCUUGACAUGCACAUGAAGAUUCACACUGGAGAGAAGCCUUACACAUGUUAUCAUUGUGGAAAGAGUUUCAGUCAUUCUGGAUCCCUUAAACGCCACAUGAAAAUUCAUGAUAGAAAGAAGCCCAACAGAUCGCCACAGUGUGGAAAGGGUUUCAGUCUACAUAACCUUACCAGGCACACGGAAGUUCACAAAGAAGAGAAGCCUGACAGCCCUGAAUCAAACAGUUUGAAUCAAAGUGGAGAAAAUAGGAAAAUUCACACUACAAUGAGCCGUUUUUCCUGCCAGCAGUGUGGAAAGAGUUUCAAUCAAAAAGGAAACUUUGACAUGCACAUGAGAGUUCAUACUGGAGAAAAGCCUUACACGUGUAAACAGUGUGGAAAGAGUUUCAGUCAAAAGGGAAGCUUUAAAACGCACAUGAGAGUUCACACUGGAGAAAAGCCUUACAUGUGUAAACAGUGUGGAAAUGGUUUCAAUCAACAAGGAAACCUUGACAGGCACAUGAAAAUACACAAUAAAGAGAAGCCUAACGGAUCCCCUCAAUGUGAAAAGAUUUUCAAUGAAAAUGUACAAAACUGAUAGUUCGGGUCCUUGAUUCUUAUUGGUUGUGCCACAUUCCAAGCUGUUGUAAAUACGCUUCUUAGUUAAAUAAAUAAAUGUAU